AUGAGUGAUGACGCACUGCGUGCGUGUGAUGUUUGCCACUCGAGAAAGGUACGCUGCGAUAGACAGCUGCAAUGUGCGAACUGUACCGAUACAGGUGUUGAGUGUAAACGCACAAGAGCACGACGAUCUCGCCCAAAAUCAUCAUCGGUGAUAUCUGCUCUCGGGGAGAGGGUGUUGACCUUGGAAAGAGCUCUUUCAGAAAGCAUUGAAAACACUAGUCCGUCGAAUGUGUCAAGUCAUCUUGACGCUGAACCUACGUCAAAGAAGAGAAAGCUAGAUCAGGUUUCUCGUGGAGAGCACACUUCACCAUCUGCCCGCGACGAGUGUGCCAUCGGCUCAACUACACACCAUGCUGAACAGGCGAGAGUGGUCAUUCAAGGAGAGCUCGAUGGAAACGAGCACAUGGAUCGUGAAAGAAAAUCAAUUCUCAGGUCUGCCUUGCAAUUUGUGGAUGUGAUGGCGCAAGGCAAAGCCACCAAUACCGACAAAUUUUCACCGUUCGAAAUGCCCUGUGAAUAUGCCCAAGAUAUUCAUUCUUCCAUUACUCCCUCUCCAGAGUUGUUUUACAUGCUUCUUCCAGAACCAACGGCCGCCGUCGGGCGUUCUAGCUGUAUAGAAUGGCCGGAUCACAUCUCGGACAAAACGCUUGAGAAGAUGGCUUCAACCGUUCUCGGUGAUGAUGACAAUGACCAUGAACACGGGCAAAUAUUCUAUCAGUAUUGUAUAUGCAUUUAUGUCAAGGCCAUCUUUCAUUUGUUCCAAAAACCGAGAGCUUAUAAAGAUCCCCGUAUCAACGCACAGUUUUUGAAGUCGAAGAAAUUGUAUGAAAGACGUACAUUUCGCGCACUCGAAAGUCUCAAUUUUCUCAAUCCUCCCAAUCUUCCUUUUAUCCAGUCCUUGAUAUCCGCGGCAUUGUUCAUGCAGCAUCGUGGCAACAUGAGUCAAGCCUGGAUCUUGAACUCAUAUGCUGCUCGUCUGAUUACCGCUCUUGAUUACCAUGAAGUUUGCAAUCCACUUGGCAAUUCAGACCUCGAUGAAGAGAUUCAUAGCGCUGUAUACUGGUGCUUUUACCUUGACCGAACUCUGAGCACACUUCUUUACCGACCGUUGUCGCUACCAGAGCCUCGCAUCUCCCCUACGAACCUAAUUAGUGCAGAUCAGUCUCUGGCAUAUAUUCCGUUAAUACGCAUCCUAUUGGACUUGGCCCAAAUCCAAGGGGAACUUCUGAAUUGCGGAAAGGAAGAUACGACUCUCCAAACACUUGCCAAUCAUUCAAAACUCCAGGACAGAAUGGGAGUCAUAUAUUCGAGAUUGCAAUCUAGUCGAGCCUCGGCGCCCGAGUUCAUCUCCUCGGAUUGGAUUGCAGGAGAUUUCUGUUACUAUGCCAUCCUGGUCGAUAUUCUUCGCUCACGGCUGAAAUACUCUUUCUCCCCUUUGACACACAAGGAAUGCUUGUCAUAUUCUCGCAAGUCUCUUAAAGCAUUGAAUCACCUUCAAAGGAAUCUUACGGAUAGUCCCGGCUUUGUGGAUCCAUAUCCCUCAUUUCUUACAUGGACUGUUCUCCUAUAUCCCUUGAGUCCCUUCUUUGUCCUGUUUUGCAACAUCAUUGGAGAAUUGGACAUGGACGAUUACAGUUUGAUCCAGGACAUCACCCAAAAUCUGUCCCAAUUUGCAGCAAGCCCAUACAUUUCCAAGCUGCACAAGCUUCUGGACACCCUGCAGAAUUUCUGCGUACCCUUGAUUCAAGCUAAGCAGCGCAUUGGUCCGCAGGUCAAAGUUGCCAAUUUGUACCCUUCAAUGACUAGCACACAGCAAGGCUGCCCGGCUCAUGCCAAUGAGCCUGGGCAUCCCUUGGCAAAUGCUUCUUAUUAUAUGGAUCCAUGCAUGGAAUCUAAUCCACAGCAAUUGCUAACUCCCAGUGAUGGCAGCUAUCCUCCAGAUGAUCAGCUGAUGUGGCAACUCUUCAACAGCCAGCUUUCGCUCGAGUGGUUUGAGUCUAACCUGUAUUCCUACUAG